CGGUUCUCUAGUGUCAGGAAAAUGGCUCGUGCAACAACGCUCAAAGAAGCUCUGCAGCGCUGGUCGCAGGAAAACGAGGGAACCGAUCCGACCCAAGCCAAAGAUAUCCAACUGCAGUUUCAGUGGCCACCGAUAGAGAAAAUGGACGGAACACUGUCGUCAUUAGCGGAAUGCGAAAAGCUCAGUCUGUCGUCCAACAUGAUCGAUAAGAUAAUCGGUGUGAGCGGGAUGAAAAAUCUCCGGAUAUUGUCCCUGGCCCGUAAUUAUAUCAAGUCACUGAACGGAAUUGAAGCACUCGGCGAAACCCUCGAAGAGCUUUGGGUCAGCUACAAUCUCAUCGACAAGCUCAAGGGGGUAGAAAGUUUAAAGCGACUCAAAGUGCUCUACAUCGGAAACAACUCGAUCCGAGAGUGGGGAGAGUUUAAUAAGCUGCAAUCGGUUGCCACUCUGGAGGACUUGCUAUUUGCCGGGAAUCCCUUGGUGGAAAACAUCGACGAAACCGCCUACAUUCGGGAGGUUCAGAAGCGGCUUCCGUCCCUGAAGAAACUUGACGGGGAAAAUAUGCUGACGGAUGAUGAUUGAUUGAAUUGUGAUGAUUUUUUUUGAACGCGUUUGAAGCAGAUACCUGUGUGUCUUUCAUUUCAGCUUCCGGAAGGGAACGGCUUUAUUUCCAUUUCAAUAAAAAUGUUUUACUUUAUUCGCUGCGCCUUCCAAUUUUAGUGUGACCCAUUUCAUGCACAAGAAAACUCGAACAAGCGGUGGUUUAGUAGAGCAAAGGUACCAUAUUCGAAUGGAGCAAUUCCAGAAACAUGUAGCAAGUGAUCCAGUACCGUAGUGAGGGUGAGGCAAGUGAGGC